UUACGCUUUUCGAGAUAUGAUGGUUUUUGUUGGUGAACUCUGGUCGGAGGGUGCACUGGGUACCUGGGUCCUUCGUCUACAUUCCCAAGGUGUAUUAUUCUGAGGAAAGAGAGGGAUGAAUGGGGUUUCUAGAGGUUUUCAGGGGCUCAGGCGAGACUCUUGACAUUGUUUCGUGAUCUGGAGGUUAGGUUAGGUCUGUCAGUGGCCACAUGAUGAUGGGAUGAUGUUUUGGAAAAGUGCGGCAUAAUCGUGUAAGGAUGGUUAAUGAGUGAUGCAGAAUGUUUGAAGUCUGACGGGACUUCAUUCUCUGGAGACUGCUGGAAUUUAUUGACUUCUCGGGUUCACAAGGGUCUCAGAAAUGUUGUACUAGGGUACAUUAGGCGUUUGAGGUGCUGUCCUUGGCCUGCACUGCUGUAGUAUGUUUUUCUAAGAGUGAAUUGAGUUUUAUGGGGUUUAGGAGAGUCUUUUGACACUGCUUCGUGGUCCAGGGGGUAGGUUAGGUGUGGCAGUGGAUACAUGAUGAUGGAAUGCUGUUGGAAAACUGGAAAUCACGAUAUUGCUUGUUAUGGCAUUGUCACGGUCCCCACGGGUCCGUGGUACUGCCGAAAGUGUGAGUCGCAGGAAAGGAGCGCCAGGGUCCGCUGUGAAUUGUGCCCAAGCAGGGAUGGAGCCCUUAAAAGAACAGAUCAGGCGGGUUGGGCUCACGUGGUGUGUGCCCUCUACAUCCCAGAAGUGCGAUUUGGCAAUGUCACGACGAUGGAACCCAUUAUUCUUCAAUUAAUCCCAGGGGAACGAUUUAAUAAGAUGUGUUACAUUUGCGAGGAGCAGGGCAGAGGCGGGAGAGCAACUGUCGGUGCCUGUAUGCAAUGCAACAAGACAGGAUGCAAACAACAAUUUCAUGUCACCUGUGCUCAAGCACUCGGCCUCCUGUGUGAGGAGGCUGGUAAUUACCUAGACAAUGUUAAAUACUGUGGAUACUGCCAACAUCAUUAUUCAAAGCUGAAAAAAGGUGGAAACGUGAAGACCAUUCCCCCUUACAAGCCGAUACCCGCGGACAACGGCUCCUCGGACUCCUCCCCAGAGAAGGAAGCGGAGGCCCCCCUGAAGACCACCUCCAGUUCGACAAAAAGAAAAGGUUCGAGUUCAAAAUCUUCAACAGCUUCUAAAACAAAAUCAAUUUCCAGUCCGAGUCUCGAGCUGAACGGAAUGACGGACGAUAAAAGUGGUAGCGGUCGUAAUACCCCAAAAGAUACAAGUCAACAUCAAAACACUGGUAGCAGUAAAUUUACAAGUUCAAAUUUCGUAGAGACCAUUGUCACUCAAUCGGAGAGUGUCUUCGGUGUGGAGGGCGGACAGUCUGGGAUUAAAUCUUCGUCUGUGGUGCACAAGGGACAAUCCAAAUCGAGCUCAACGUCCAAUAAGUCCUCCAGCCACACCAGCAAAAAGAGGAAGACUGGAGCCAGAACACCUACUGGAUUGGGAAGUGAAAAUUCUAAUCAUUCCGUGAGUUCUGAGGCCAGUGGAUCUCUAGUUGUGGCCGUGGGAGCUGUCUCACAGACUCCUAGUAAUACUGUGCAACCAACAAUCACUGAGGCCACGAGUCUCAGCACUAAUGCCGAGCCAGAGAAAUCGAAAAAGUUAAAAAUCGACAGUCCUCCAGUGCAAAGUACCUCGACGACCCCAGUGACGACUGAGGUGACGACAUCUCCAGUAAUCAUGUCCGUGACACCUUCCACUGUCGCCCAGUCUCCUACGACAACAGCCAACAGUAUAGUAGUAUCAGUACCACUGACAGCAACCUCACUUACCAGCUCUAUACAGAGUAUUGUAACAAGUCCCCCAACACUCUACCAACAGUUGCAACAGAGCAUGAUUACGACUGCUGCCAUGGCACAACCGACACACAGUACAGUUUCAACUGGCAGUGAGAAGGUCAGCUCUGAGGAUUUGCCAGCUAAGAGAUCGAGAACUCAAUCAACGGAGAAGCAAGAGAAACGAGGAAGAACAAAAAGGAUCACCUCGAGUAGUAAUCCACUGCCAGUGCCUCCAGCCCCAUCAUCAUUGUCCCUAACAGCCCCCAACAAUUCUCUGAUCACUGUCAAACGAACAGGGAGAACUUCACAGCCGGUGCCAGCUACACUGCCACCGCCACCAGCGGUAACAGUGGCUCCAGUUCCCUCGAUAAUUCAAGGUCCCACGCUGGGUACUGGCCACUUCAGCAGCGUGGGCUCUGGUGGUACUAUGGGACCAGUUGUCAAGGAUUCACCACCAAGUUCACCGGGCUCAGAGAGCAUGAGCAGCACUGGAGCUGGGAGAAAAAAGCGAAAGAGCGCUGGUAAUACUACACCAACACCAUCAGCAUCAACAACACCAACAGCAAUGUUGAAUAAUGCCAAGGACGAGAAGGACGUGAAAUUAUUUCAGAAUGGUGUAAGUGCACCUCACAUGCUGGGGAAUCAAUUGAAUCCAACAUCGACAAUGGCGCAGAAGAUGUCGGAUACGCUGAAUCAAGAGUUGGAGGCACAUUCGAUAUUCACUGAGGCGAGCAAUUCAUCGACGAAUCUUGUGGGACCACAGUUACAUAGCAGAGUUAUUUCAUCUAUCAGGUCCAAUCAGAGUGCACAGCAGCAACCAUCCGCUACUUCGUUUUCAGCUGUGUUUUCACAGAAUAGUAAUAAUUCGAGUCUGGGGGCUGGGGCGCUGGGUGGUGGGGCCAUCCCUCAGACUUUGGAUCAAUUGCUGGAGAGACAGUGGGAACAGGGGAGCCAGUUUCUCAUGGAACAGGCACAGCAUUUCGAUAUCGCCUCGUUAUUAUCCUGCCUCCAUCAACUACGUGCCGAGAAUCUUCGGCUAGAGGAGCACGUGAACAGCCUCCUCCAACGCAGGGAUCAUCUCCUAGCAGUAAAUGCCCGCCUAGCCAUUCCUUUAACAACUCAACCGAGUAAUCAUCCACCAAAUAACAUUCACCAAUCAGUGAAUCCGUCUGAUCCAAAUAUUCCACAUCCCCAUAUAUCGCCGGGUACUCCAGCCGCGGUGUCGAGAGUCAAUCGAGACUCCAGGGUGAAUAACACGUAUAUGCCACACUCGAGCUCGAGUGGCCACUCAACCCCUAUGGAAAAUGGUUUACCACCAAAUCCUUCACCACCCGCUGCUGCAUCUGUAGCUCAGUAUUCACAUAGAGGAUCUUAUGUGCAGCCUCAAUCUAAUCCACCGACGAUAAGACACAGUCCAGCAACGAGUGGCUAUCACCAAUCCCAAUCUGGCAACAUAGUAUCCCCAGCAACGGGAAAUACCUCCGGAGUGGUGAGAAAUUCCUCAGCAACGCCUGACCCCCUCCGAGGAGUACCUAGCAUCUCUACGAGAUCGAAUAGCCCCAACGAAUCAUCGAAAAUGAUUGAUAGGUCUUCAGGCAGUUACAUGUCGUCGAUGUAUCAACCGACGAUGUCCAGUCUUACCAGUAAUCAAGUAGGUAAUGUUCAUAAUCAGCACAGCCAUGGUCCAACAACAACGAGCCAUGGGCCACCGAAUAAGCCGAGCUGAAGGUAAUUCAUAGGAUGAAGUUAUUUAUGAUUAUUGAGGUAUUGAGGUAUUCUAUACCAGCGUUAACCACACCACACAGCCCCUUUACUUCUAUCGCAGCAGCAAGUCAUUAGCAUUUUAUCAUAGUUAUCUAUUUUGUCAGUAAUUUUUCCUGAUUUCUCCUCUUUCGUUUUGUCAUUCAUAACUUGUUUUCUUGGACGUAUUCAAUUUGUUCAUGCAACAUUGUCAAUGUUAAUGACAUUAUCAUUUUGAGGCUCAAUUACUGGAAUGGAGUACAUAAAGGGCUACUAAGAUUCAAGUAAAUUUUUGCUACUGAUUGUUUUUUAAUUAAUAUGUUGAAAUCUAAGGGAGAUAGCGAUUUUUUGGCCAUUAUUUUGUUUAAAGGGUGAAUUAAGGACUAAAACCAAACGUUAUGAAGAGUAUAUUGAUAUCUCCUUUAAAUUCAGAGAUAUUCAAAGGCUUCUGAAUUUAUCUGCGUUUUGAAAAUCAUUUUUUCGUUGUUCUUAAACUGUUCUGUCCUUACAAAUUUUGUUUUGUCUUAUGGAGUGCUGGAUAGUCAGGAUUUUUUGUGAAAUUUAUGAGGAAAUAUGUUGAAGAGGAAAUUUUCAUCCGCCCUCCCACAAUUUCCUCUUACAAUUUAUAUUAAAUUUAAAUGGUAAUUUUUUCUUUGUUACUCGUUGAAUGCUGCGAUAUUUGAUCAUGUGUUCUCGAUUAUAAAGCUGCCACUGAACAGGCCAGUCUACUAAUAAAUUGGAUAAAUCUGAUAUUGGUCAAUUCACCAGAAACCACUGAAAUGUUCAAUUAAUUAAGAUGAAAAAAAAUUGAUUUAUUUCGACUUAAAAUUAGUAAAAACAAAAAAAUACAGACUUCACGAAAAUACAUAGCAUUUAAGGACUUUUAUAUUUGGAAGUAAACUAAAAAAUUAGAUAAUUAGGUAAUAGUUAUCUCGAAACAGCAAAGACUUGAAGAAAAUAACGAGAAACAUAAAUGAGAGACAUUUUUAAUUGAAUUUUUCUUUUUUGCUGGGCUGAUUGUAGAAACUCGUCGUGGGUUGAGAUGAUUUUUAGACUUCGUGUACAAAUUAAAUAGACUGUAAGAUGAUGAAAUUCAAUUGACGAUUAGCAAUAAUAAUGUAGGUGUACAUUGCUAGAGGUAGAAUUGUAAAUUAAAAGUGAUGCAUUGAGGAUUAAAUAUUAACAUUUACAUUUUUUUAAUGGAGAAAUAAAAACACAGUUGUGAAGAGAAAACUUUUUGUACUUUGUAAAUUGACGAAAUAAAAUAUGUGAUGACAUGUGAA